AUGAAAAUCCUAGCAUGGAACUGUCGUGGGCUUGGGAAUACCGCGACAGUUCGGCAAUUGGCGCAUCUUGUGCGCCAUCAUCAACCCGACUUAUUGGUCCUUUCUGAAAUUCGGUUGCCAACUGAGAAGUUCAAUAGAGUUUGUUCUAAGCUUCAUUUCAUUGACUCGCACUAUGUGCCUUCGGUGGGGCUCUCGGGAGGAUUAGGCAUGUGUUGGAUGAAAGGGGUUAGCUGCAAUAUUCAAGUCUCUUCUAGAUACUCGAUCAUUGGUGAGAUUUCCUCGGACCCUCCGGGAAUUCCAUGGAUCUUAGUGGGCACCUACGGGCCUCCCAAUAGUGUGGAUAAAGAGCUCUUUUGGCUUAAGAUGGGUGACUAUGCCCUCAAAACUACUCAUCCGAUCCUCUUCUUAGGGGACAUGAAUGGAACUUUGAAGGAUAGUGAAUGCUUUCAUUACCACGGGAGUGUGUCUAGAUACUCGUUCGACUUCAGGCGUAUGGUGGAUAGAGCGGGAUUGAUUGACUUGGGUUUCCUAGGCCCGGCCUUCACUUGGGUUAAAGGGAGUACAAACCCGUCAGUAGGGGUAGCCAUGAAAAGAGCUAGACUUGAUCGUGGGCUUGCCUCUUCGGCAUGGAGAAUCCUAUUCCCUCAAGCGAUCAUCAACCACCUCGCUGCCUCUGAGUCGGACCACAGGCCCUUGCUGCUCGAUACAAUGGGAGGUGCCAAUUGCAAGGGACGGCAGUUCAAGUAUGAAAAUAUGUGGGCGCGCGACCCUCGGAGUUUUUGGGUGGUGAAGGAAGCUUGGAAACAUAGAAGGCACCCCAAUCCCAUGAUUAACUUUCACAAGAAAGGGAAAGCCACUAGUCGAAAGCUCUUGAGUUGGAAUAAGACGCAAUUUAAACACUUAUCUCAACAAGUUCACAAGGCUAAGUCCCAACUCGAAGAGGCAGAAAAGAAGAUAACCAAUGUGGCUGACCUAAAAAACGCAAAACAACAGCUCUCAGAAGCUCUCCUUAGGGAAGAAAUCCAUUGGAGGCAAAAAUCUAGAGUUCAAUGGCUAAAAGAAGGGGACAUGUGCUCUAAGUUUUUUAUGGCUUCGACGGUUAUAAGGCGUAGAAGGAACUAUAUCCAAUGUAUCAAAGAAAAUUCGGAUGGCGACUGGAUACGUGAUCAGGACAAAAUUGCUCGCUGCUUUCUUAACCGAUUUAAGGAGACAUUCACAAAAGACCACCCAAGCCCCGUUCAGUUGAGUCCAGCUCUGUUUCAGAAAGUCUUGACUGAUCAAGACAACACCUUUUUGAAUGAAAUUCCAAGUGAAGAUGAAGUGAAGAGAGCCCUUAAUGAUAUGGGAAAGGACAAAGCCCCUGGCCCCGACGGCUAUCCCCCAAGCUUCUACAUCCACCACUGGGAAACAGUAAAUGAAGAUCUCACCGAGAUGGUGGUUCAUUUUUUCACCCAUCUUGAACUCCCACACUUUAUUAAUGACACUUCUCUAGUCCUAGUCCCAAAAAAAGACUCUCCAUCCACAAUCAAUGACUACCGACCCAUCGCGCUUUGCAAUGUGGCGUACAAAAUAAUCUCCAAGAUUAUUGCUACAAGAUUGAGAAACAUACUACCGAGGAUCAUAUCUCCAAACCAAGCGGCAUUUGUUCGAGGAAGGCACAUUGCUGAAAAUACAAUGAUCGCAAGGGAAGUGGUGCAUUCUAUGAGCAAAAGACGAGGCAAACGAGGAUACAUGCUUUUGAAACUAGAUUUGGAAAAGGCAUACGACAAACUGGAUUGGGAUUUUCUCAUUUCGGUGCUUCAUCAAAUUGGUUUCGGAAGUCCUCUCAUAGAUUGGAUCAAAGCUUGCAUCUCCGUAACUGAAAUCAAACUUCUGUUAAAUGGCUCAGUUGUUGGUAAAUUUAGUCCGGAGAGAGGACUCCGGCAAGGGGACCCGUUAUCGCCAUCCCUUUACAUAAUGGCAGCUGAAGCCCUUUCUCGCCUUCUCAUCAAAAAGGAAAAUGAAGGUGGGCUCAAAGGCUUCAAACUCGCUAGAAAUGGAACUCCAAUAACACAUUUAAUGUUUGCUGACGACAUCAUACUUUUUGGCGAGGCGACUGCACGUGAAGCUAGAUCCCUCCUAGAUUGCCUUGAAUCCUAUUGUCAUAGCUCGGGUCAGAAAAUCAACUUCUUGAAGUCCUCUGUUUGCUUCUCCAAAGGUGUCUCGGCCAGAAAAGCUCAGUCAAUUGCAACGAUUCUGGGUGUGAGGAGAAUGAACCGUUUGGCCACCUACUUGGGACUCCCUCUAUUCCGGUCAACCAAGAGGACAGAGGAUACUAAACAUUUGGUUGAUCGAGUGAUGCAAAGAAUACAAGGAUGGAAAGUAAAGCUUCUAUCAAAUGUUGGCAAGAGUUGUUUGAUCAAGGCAGUAGGUUCGAGUUUGGCAAAUUAUGUGGCUUCAUCUGAUGUUAUUCCCGCAACUACUGCCAACAAGAUCGACAAACUUUUGAGAGACUUUUGGUGGGGCGACACAGAAGACAAGCGUAAACUUCACACGAUAGCCUGGGAGCGUCUUUGCAAACCAAAAACUAAUGGGGGAUUGGGGUUUCGAACAACGGAGAAUAUGAACAAGGCGUUCCUUAUGAAGUGGGCUUGGAAAAUUCUAAACUCAGACCGAUCCUUGUGGAGCCAACUUAUGAACGACAAAUAUAUGAAGAACGAAGGCUUCUUUGACAUGGAGAUUAAGGCCUCCGAUACAACACUUUGGAAGGCCAUUCUUCGCAUCCGCGGUGACUUCCAAAAAGGAAUUUGUCAGAAAAUUGGAAAUGGGAACGCAACCUCCAUAUGGUUCGAUCCUUGGGUUCCCGGCGAGAAUAGACAACCAAUGCCCCGUCUUGAUGCCUCUGAAGGAGUGAGUUUGGUAAGUAACUUUAUCUCGAACCAACAAUGGAACGAGGAGCUAGUUCGGAAAUGGUUCACAAGGGAUGAUGCUAAAAGAAUUCUCAACAUAUCCCUGCCUGAAAGCUCAACCAAUGAUUCCUGGCUUUGGCUUCCGGAACAGAACGGUCAGUUCUCCAUUAAGUCCGCCUGUAGACUGAUAUCGAAUCAUGAUCCGAAUACAAACUUGGACAGGAAAUGGAGAAUUAUAUGGGGUGCAAAAAUUCACAACCGAUUGAAAUUUCUGUGGUGGAGAAUCCUAUCCAAUUGCCUUCCCACCAAAGGUAAGAUCGGAUCCCUUUUUCCAAUCACUGAUAUAACUUGUGCGAAUUGUUCAUCCUCUGAGGAAAGUAGUUUCCACCUAUUUUGGGAGUGCACCCUGGCUAGAGCUAUAUGGUUUGGUUGUUCCUGGAACAUUAGAACAUCUAUUCCUUUCCUUUCAAAUUGGGAGGAGUGGAUGCAAUGGUUUAUUGAGAGAGGUAACAGACCAUAUGAUAUGAAUCUCAAUCGUUUCCUAGGAGGGGCUGCUCUUAUCUUUGAAAGUAUUUGGAAGGAGAGAAAUUCAAUCCUCCAUGGAAAACAACCUAUCCCUUUGAAGGUGCGAAUUGACCAUAUAAAUAGUAGGCUGUGUGAGUUGGACUCUAUUCAGGAGUGCACCGACCCUCUUAAUACUGAGUGGAAUCCACCUCCGGAAGGGUGGAUUGCUUGUAACUCUGAUGUGGCCAUUGGUCAAUCUCAGUCUACGGGGGCAGCUGUAUUUAGAGACGCGUAUGGAACUAUCCUCGGCAUCUCAACGUUCAAAUCUCACUUCAGUGACCCGCUGCCAGGGGAGGUCGAUGCUAUCUGCGAAGGUGCGGCAGCAGCCAUAAACUUCGGCUUCAGAAAUGUCAUCUUCCAGAGUGAUUCGCUGAAUGCAAUCAGCGCAAUGAAAAGCAGGGAUUCUGAUGUCCAAAAGUUGCACUUCAACAUUCAAGACAAGGUAAAGAAGUUCAUCGAUCUCUCGGCGAAAUUCAACCUUCACGAGGUCAUCUGGACCCCUCAUUCGUGUAAUGGUGUGGCCCACUCUGUGGCUCGAUGGGCAAACCGAAACAACAUGUUUGGAGUUUUGGAUUUGGCCAAUUUUGAUGAUUUCCUGCAGUUGAUUGCUGCAGAUGGUCAUUCUCGUUGGACGUUAGUGUUGUUGGCUAUUUUUUACCCUGUCUUUCAGGGUUCCUCUGGCUAUUGGGCCGUUGAUUCCAAUCCAAAUGUUGUUGCUGAAAAGGCAAAUGCCAUUGCUUCUAAUGUAGAGCGUGCCCCGACAUUGAAAUCGUCUUUUGUUGAUUUUGGGUCACAUGAUGUGAGCAGCACUCCAAUGGAGGUAAUGUCCUCAAGUUCUCAAUAUGGAGGAGAUGAGAGGGAUUUUAAGAUAGUUACGUAUGUGAAGGGUCUUUACGCUCUUAACGAUUUAUUUUCUGAUCCCGUCUCUCUUGAAAUCGAAGCUAAGUUUGAUGAUUGGAUUACCAAAGGAUUGCUAAAACAUCCUAGGCCUUACAAUGUUUACGAGGAUGGUGCGAAGAAAAUUUCCCCGGGGUUCAAAUUAGGUGUAGAUUAUGUUGAGAUAAAACAUGAUUUUAUCAUUUCUCUUGAUGUGACAUGUUUAUCAAUGACACAGAAAAAUAAGAAAUAUUAUUCUGUUGUUAUUGUGAAUUUCGCUACAAUAGAUUGCCUUUUCGAUGAUUCUAUUCAAUCUUUAUACCACAAAUUCUGCAAAGCCAAGUCAAUGAAAACAAAGAUGUCUCACAUCCAUGCUGCUCACCCAAUAGUGCAUUAUAUCAGAGGCUUGCGAUUUCCUUGUUCUAAGCUUUGGUCCAAUGUUCCUGAUUUAGGUUUCGACCCGAAAGCUCCUCUAAGAGUUAUGGAGAUUGCUAGUCUUCCAUCUCAGCAGAAAAAGUGA